AUGUUAAUACUACCGAUGCUAUUCUCCAACUGGUGGGGUGCUGACGUUUUGGUGAUAAGACCUCGCUGCCGAGGUUUUCAAAGAUUCCAGCCAUAUGAGAGAGACGUAGAUUGCAAAUCUAGUGGAAUAUCUACUGUACAAGCUGAUAAAAAUAAAUUUCAUGUUAUCCUGGACGUUCAACAAUUUGUUUCAGAAGAAGUAAUUGUAAGGGUUGUGGGAGGGAAUGUAGCGGUUGAAGGCAAACAUGAAGAAAGACAAGAUGAGCAUGGAUUUAUCUCGAGACAAUUUGUACAAAAAUACCUUGUGCCACAACAAUGCAAUGUCAAUCAAUUAAAAUCAAGUUUGUGUUCUAAUGAAGUCUUGAUGACUAAUGCACCGAGGAAGGAACUUAACCCACAGUUAAAGAAUGAAGGAAUCAUAAAAGUUCAAAUUAUGGGGCAACCAGCUUUGAGAAAAGUCAAAUCUAGCUGAAAUACGAAAGAAAAAUCAAGUUCAGACGAACUCUGUACCACAGAGAAGACAAGAACAUACAGUAAAGCUUACUUAAGAAGAUAAUUUAAUAUAAAAUUGAUUGGAUUAUAGUGAAAAAUGCCUAUUCUUUUACAGUAUUGUGUGAUUUAAUCAGCUACAUAAGUUCGAAGCAUCUUCAUUCGUUUCGUGCUAGUCAAGAGAAUAUUUAUAUAUUCUCGUUUUGUCUAAUUCCUUACUCUUUUCAUAUAAUCAUAAUUUGAAUCUGUAUAUUUUAAAUAAGUGCCAAGCUAGUUAUAAAAAUAUGUAUCUAUAAAAUAAAUUGAGAAGAGGUCCAGUGUAAGAGGUAGCUAUGCCACAAUUGUAGUAUUGUGAGAUAUCAGGACUUUUGUGAAAAUUUGUCUCACUAGAAAUUGCAUAAUUAAGAUUACAAUUUUUUAAUUUAAACAAUGAUAUAAAAGUAAUGUAUCUGGCUUAAUGUCUAUUUUAUUUUCUAUGUGCCUAAAUGUGAAAAUUGGAUUAAAAAAGUAACUACAUAAAAGCUAUUUUAGUUAUAUCAAAAAUUACAGCGCAGGUAGGAAUUUUGCUAUGUAGUUAUAUAUGAACGGAUAAUAAACAAGUACCAAGAAAUUUCAAAAUUAAUAAAAACUAUUUCCACCUUUUGUGGCAUAGCUCCCUCUUGCACUGAACCGCUUAAUUUUCCCUAUUGUCACAUUUUCAUGUACUAUUUAAGAUUCAUCUUUCAUAAAGCAUUUUUUAAAAAAUUAAGCUACUCUUUUUGUAUAA